AUAACACGGGAUCAGUGGACAUCAUGAGCCCCAAUGAAUUUGACUCUUCAGACGAGGAACACGCCGAGAGUGAACUCACCGGGUUUGAAGUGUCUUGGCUGAGCCUGGAGCCCGCCCAUUAUGCCGCGGUGAUGGGCAUCGGCCCUCUCCCAGGAUGCAAGUUUAAAAACAUCCGGCGUAACCUGUUCCAGAAUAUAGAGGAGAUGAGAGCAAUGGGGAUCCAGGACGUGUUUGUGUUUUGCACAUUGGCGGAGCUCAGGAAAUAUCGAGUGCCCACGUUAUUACAGGAAUACAGCAAGCAGGAUUUUGUGGUCCAUCACCAUCCAUUCCUCGACGGGGACGUGCCACAGUGUGACGCAUUGCGCCGAAUACUGGACGACCUCCGGGCCUGCAUGGACAACAACAGGAAGGCUUUAAUACAUUGUUAUGGUGGAUUGGAAGCGCUGAAUACUGAAAAAUGUACUCCUCAAGACCCCCUCAGUACUGAUGCAAACAUUGCAGCGUGUCUACUAAUGCGCAUGAGCGACUCUAUCACGCCUCAGGAAGCCAUUGAUCUUGUUCAAGCUGUCAGGGGUCCAGGUGCUAUACAGACCAUUAAGCAAUACAAUUUUGUCAAUGAGUUCCGUGAAAACAUGUCCAGCCCUCCUCGGCACUCGGAGGAGAGCGAUCGAGCGUUGUCAAGAUAACUUGGAGGACAUGCUGAGCUGCC